UUUUAUAUCAAAAAAAUUCUACCUUACAAUAGACAAAUGAUAGACUCAAAAAUAAAGAAGUUUAGGAAAACAAUAAACCACAUGUUUAAAAAUAAGCCAAAUGCCUGUAUCAACGGAGAUACUUUCGACGCCACUCAUUUACAAAGGAUUAUAUGCAGACCAUACACUGCUUCUACCCAUCCAGGCACCCCAUUUCAAAAAGUCAGAAAGAAGCUGGUAGAAAUAAAUUCCAAACCUUUUGUUGAUCUUACCCCAAAAUUAACACUAGACAUUCACGAUCUGCCAGACUACAAAACAGUAAAGAAAGGAGAUUGUUCGAAGAAGGAUGCAAAUAACCCUCAGAAAUAACAGAAAUGCCAUUGACUAUGAGUUCACUAAAUACAACCAGUUCCUGCAAAAUUUUGACGAACACAAAAGCAUUGUAAAAACUGUUAAUUUGUUAGGAUUCUACUAAAUAGAGCACAAAAUUCUCCCGAUUUCUAUCAAAAAAGCCAAGAUAUCCACCAAAGAAGCAACGCUGGCGUUGCUAAUUUGGAAGAUAAUGAGGCACGCUCGCUGAAUGUUCCGAAAAGUAUAUCAAAAUCUACCAUUCAUGCUCCAGUUAGAUGCAAAAAUAACCGAAAAGUACUUGUCACUCCCAAGAAAAGCUACAAAACAAAAGACAAGAUCAGAGAAGCCCAAGAUGAUAAAUAAACUCAGUGCGUGCUUCAGGAGUGUCUCAAGAGACACUCCUUGCAGAAUUCUUAAAGAUAAAAGCAACGAUUUAUUGACUAAAAAUGCAAGAAUUACAGGGUUCCAGGAUAUCCAGGAGUACAAAUAACUUAAUAAUGAGGAAUAAAAUGACUUCUUGUAAGAAUUAACAUGAUCCGAAGAGGUAUUGUGAAACAACUUGAUCAACUUCAAGAGAGUAAUAAGGCUAUAAAAGAGAUCAGGAAGAUUUCUCUCCAGGGUAAAACUUCAAGUGCAACCUUGCAAAAGAAAAUUUCAAUCAAAAAUACUAAGAAAGCUAAUAACUAGAAAAGGAAUUGGAAAUCAUGAUAGAAGAAACAGUUCUCAGAAGAAAUUGAUCCCAAAAAUCCGCCAUAAAGCAUCAUCGAGCUCUUUAAAAACUCUCCAAAGAGAUACAAAGGAUAGCUUAAAGACCUCGCAGCAACGUAGGAAAGAUAUGAUAACUGAAAAGCAAAGAAGAGCUAGUCUGACAGUCCAGAAAAAAGUGUUAUCAGAGAACAACAAAAUCCUACGUAACCUAAUACACCAUUCAGGCCAUUAUAACAGACUCAUGGAGAGUUGAAAUCAAUAAGGUAGCUUAUUCAACCAC